CUUCCUACCGCGCUCAUCUGGACCUGAAUAGGCCUGUUUCACGCCAGUGCUCGGGUGACUCUAUCUUACCGAGAACGUUCUCGAACUUGUCUAACCGCCACUACUGAAAGUUUUGGGCCUCUGCGGGGAACCGAUACGUGACAUCGAAUCGAUUCCGAUAAUAAUCUCAACGUGAUUUCAACAUGUCAUCCGCCGUUGUGCACAGCGACGACCUCAUGGAGCCCACGCUCCAGUCGGUGGUGAACCAGAAGACCUUGCGCUGGAUCUUUGUCGGCGGUAAAGGAGGUGUCGGCAAGACUACGACUUCCUGCUCUCUUGCAAUUCAGCUUGCCAAAGUUCGCAAGUCUGUCCUCCUCAUCUCCACCGACCCCGCGCACAACCUUAGCGAUGCCUUCGGUCAGAAGUUCGGAAAGGAGGCCCGGCUGGUCGAUGGAUACUCGAACCUGAGCGCUAUGGAGAUCGACCCUAACGGCAGUAUUCAAGAUCUCCUGGCUAGUGGUGAAGGCCAGGGCGACGACCCUCUGUCUGGUAUGGGUGUUGGUGGAAUGAUGCAGGAUCUUGCGUUCAGUAUCCCCGGUGUUGAUGAAGCUAUGUCUUUUGCCGAAGUCCUGAAGCAGGUCAAGUCGCUGUCCUACGAAGUUAUUGUCUUUGACACUGCGCCGACCGGUCACACCCUCCGCUUCCUCCAAUUCCCCACUGUCCUAGAGAAGGCUCUCGCCAAGCUGUCGCAGCUGUCGUCUCAGUUCGGCCCCAUGCUGAACUCGAUCCUUGGUUCUCGUGGUGGUCUGCCCGGCGGUCAAAACAUCGAUGAAUUGUUGCAGAAGAUGGAGUCGCUGAGGGAGACCAUCAGCGAGGUCAACUCGCAGUUCAAGGACGCUGAUCUGACUACCUUCGUCUGUGUUUGCAUUGCGGAAUUCUUGUCCCUCUACGAAACCGAGCGCAUGAUCCAGGAGCUCACAAGCUACAACAUCGACACCCAUGCCAUUGUCGUCAACCAGCUCCUGUUCCCCAAGCAAAGCAGCGAGUGCGAACAAUGUAAUGCACGAAGGAAGAUGCAGAAGAAGUACUUGGAGCAGAUUGAAGAGUUGUAUGAAGACUUCAACGUGGUCAGGAUGCCAUUGCUGGUUGAAGAAGUCAGAGGCAAGGAGAAGCUUGAGAAAUUCAGCGACAUGCUUGUGAACCCGUAUGUACCCCCGGAGGGCAACUGAGGCGGAUUAGCGGAGAGUUUUCAAUCUAAGAUUUGCUGCGAACGUUGUUUAUUUGGACGAGUCAUGAAAAGAGUAUAGACUAUAAUAUACGAAGCGUGAAGAUGCAAGCGUGAAGAUGCAUUCAUUGGAAAAUUGUGAAUCUAGCCAUCCUGAACCGUGUUCAAU